GAGAGGGAGGAAACCUCCUUUAUAGCACGAGGAGGCGCGAGGAGGCUCCAGUCACUGACGACAGGACCGCUUGUGACACCUAAAUAAGAAAAAAAAAUAUCCAAACGGGAACCUGAACACAGGAGGGCGAGAAUAGACAAAAGCAAGGAGGAGAAACAGUAAAGGACAGAUAAAGGAGGAGGAGGAGACCGAGUAUGAGCGGCGGAAUCAGCUGGAUGCUGCCCAACUAGGGGACAUCACCACGACCCUCACAUCCUCCCUGGAGAUGAAGUUCCAAUGAAACAGCAAAUGAUGUCGCAGAAGAAGAUAUUCCUGGUCCUCAUCGUCAUCUGUACUGCCAGUUUUCUGCUACGCAAUGGGGGCAACUUCAGCUGGACCAUGGAGGCCUUCCACCUUGGAUGUCCUACCCUCCGCUCUCAUCCAUCCCCAGGCCUGAAACCGAAACACACCAACAUCAUGUUCCUCAAGACCCACAAAACGGCCAGCACCACCAUGCAGAACUUGCUGUUUCGUUUUGCGGACCUUAACAACUUGACGGUGGCAUUGCCCGUACAAACCUGUGGUCACCAGUUCUGUUAUCCACGCAAUUUCAAUGCCCACCUCGUCCAUCCCCACACAAUGCCACCGAACAUAAUCACAAACCACUUGCGUUUCAAUAAGAGCGAACUACAACACUUGAUGCCGAAUGACACAAUAUAUGUGACAAUCCUAAGGGAGCCAGCCUCCAUGUUUGAGUCCUUGUUCACUUACUACAGUCGUCACUGUCAGAGCUUCAAAAGGGUCCCCAAUGGUUCACUGGAGGCUUUCUUAGAUAAGCCCUUCCGCUACUACCGACCAGAAGAGAACGAGUCAAUGUACGCACACAACACCUUGACUUUCGACUUGGGAGGAGACAAAGAUCGUCCACCGACAGAUGUGACGUACGCACAAGCCUUUGUGGCAGAGGUGGAACAAGUUUUCACCUUGGUGAUGAUUUCAGAGUACUUUGACGAAUCUCUAGUCCUCCUUCGGCAUCUCCUCUCUUGGGAUUUGGAGGACAUCCUGUACGUAAAGCUCAACAUGCGGACGGCAGGUUCUAAAAAGAGCUUGACACCAGGUCUUUCUGCGAAGAUCCGAGCCUGGAAUUCCAUAGAUGCGUACCUUUACGACUACUUUAAUGCCUCAUUGUGGCGGAAACUGUCAGCUCUUGGUCCAGGCUGCGUGUCGAGGGAGGUGCGACUCCUUCAGCAGCACCAAGAGAGGCUGAUGAAAAACUGUUUUGGUGGACAUAUGCCACUUUUCCGUACAGGCGAUCAGAUAAAAAACAAGGAUCUCCGCCCCUGGCAGCCAAAUGAAAAAGUUGACAUAGUUGGUUACGACCUCCCUGUAAAUAUCAGCCAGGAGACGCAUGAUGUCUGCCGCAAGUACAUCACGCCAGAGAUAUCAUACACACGGAUGCUUCUUCGUUCCCAGUCACUGCGGCACCGUCGAAACUAUCAGAACUGGACUCCACAGAAGACACAAACCGUCCAACAGUCCAAACACACCAUCCUGCCUCGUCAUUCUCAGGUCAGCCGCAACCAACCAACAGCCCCUAAAGCUCAAGGGUCCAAAUCUACCCCAAAGCCUGCAGAAGGAAUCAAAAAGAUGGAGGAUAAAUCUUCAAACACCAAGGCCUCGUAGACUGAAGAAUCUGUACAUAAUGAGCGCCCAGCAGACUGCAUUGUUCUACUGAUCCUGGUUCCAAGACAAAAAUUAGUCUUGUUUGGUGAAGGGCUUUGGGAACAAAAGUGUCCUUGAGAAAAUGGAUGAAAUAUGGUUCCUCUCUUCCUUGCUGACACUAUUUUGGAUAAUAUUAAGCAAAGUGGUCUGAAUUUAAAUCUCCACCCUCCCUGACCUGUGAACGGCAUUGUGGACCUAGAAAAGGCAGGAAAAAAACACUGGAACUAAACUGGAACUGGGCUCAUUUAAUAAUUUGUGCAUGCUGGCUACGGUGGAUGGAUGUGGGCUUUCGAGAGAAAUCUGUUAUCUGUGACUUAGACUCAGUAGAGAAGUGGCGAUAUCGGGUCUAUUGUAAGGCACAGAGCGCACUUUGUGUGCUUCAUACUGGGAUCCUGUUACUUGCUUUUUAUUCUCUUUUUUGAGCUCUGUUUCCCUUUCUCUCGUUAACGUAUGCCACUUACAGUCCAGAGGCACAAUGACAUAAGGAGAUCAGAUGUCAGGCCUCCAGAGACGUUGAGAACUCCUCCAACCAUUACAACAACAGCACAAAACAACUUCUCUUCUUCUUUGCUGGGAUACCCAGUUUGACUGUCCAUUACUGCUAAGAAUCACACUGAGAAUGCGGACACCUGAAGUCUAAAAACUUGAGUCUUUUUAGCCUUUGGUCUCCCUUGCUUUCCCCUCAGCAUCCCUUUCUCCAUUUUCCAGCCUGUCAUCCCUGCUGUUACCUUGUUGUGAGCCUCUUUAAUGAGAGGGAGGCACUAACAUCUUGCUUUUGUGCACCUUGCUAUGCCUUGGACCAUCAGCUGCGAUCACAUCCUGCAUUGACAGGGAUUUCAUGUUGAAGGCAAGAUUUUGUAUGUGUUUUUCUUGUUUGUUUUUUUUUUUGCUUACAUGUUAUUGCAAUAAUAUCUCUAAUUCUUAUGGCUUAUAUUAUAGGCUUGACGCUAUGAAGGGUCAAAUCUUUUGAAUAUUAAAUGGUUUCUUAUCAACUAAGUAAAAGCCGCUCAUUCUGAGCCCUAAAUCGAAGGAAUGAAGCCAGAUGUUGGAUAUUUCAAACCUGAUGACGUUCGUAAGCCAGGCGAACUGUCUUAGAGCUUGAACAGUCACAACUGUCAACAUCUGGGAUCCAUUUAAAAAAAAUAUUAUUCUGAUAUUUAAGGUUUUAUUGAAUUUACCUUAUUCUUCCAGGGUUCAGCCAGUUAGAAGCAAUUCUGUCUGUUUGUGAAACUGUGAAUGGUUUUAAAAACGUAGAAUGGAGUUGGAUAUGGUUUUGGGAUGAUUUUAAGUAUUCCUUGUCCAGAUUUGAAGUUGAGAAGAAAAUGAAAAUGAACAGGGGUUGGUUUCUGAAAAUAACAGGGCUGACAUAUUACAACCACUCAAAUUUUAUUUAUCUAUUUUAUAAAUCUUUACUGGUGUUUGUUGCAGUUAAAAGGCAACUCAAAGGUCACCAUGGCCUCAUCUUUUAUUUUCCUGAUAAGAUGAGUAAGAGCUCCAGGUUCCAUGGCCACCCACGUUAGCAUGGCAACACAAAGAAAUAUUGUGAGCGAGACUUAUCAGAACUACUGUGUGUAUUAUUUAUUAUCAGGGGAUAGAGCGUACCAAGGUUUUAUUGUAUUUUUUAUUUUAUUUGACAUGAAUCACUGAAGAAAAGGGGUUCAUUGUGGUACUAAUUUAUCACUUCAGUCAGCAGAGACAGAGUGACAUGCGGCAACAAUAGGACAUUUUCAUUGUAAACCUCUUUUACAUAAUGCACAUCUAGAAAGAUCAAUUUUGAAACCGCAUAUUUAAACAAGUGUAGGUGCUUCAAAAUUAAUUUUUCAUUCAGCAGCAUCUCAUGUCCUGUAAGUGCUCGACCACACAAUGAUUUUGUGGUCGGUGUUACUGCAGCGUGGAGUAAUGAAAACACUCAAAGCUCUGAUGUUCUGACAGGAAUGCAAAGCUGAGCAGCCGGGGGAAAGGCUUGAAUGAGGUUAAAGUAAUUUCAUCAAGAAUUUUAUGAAGUGGAUAUCAGACUGAGAUGUGAAAACGCUGGGAAACCUCAGCUUUGAAUUCCUGAGAUCUGCAGCAAUUUAUGUUAUUUAUUUAAAAUAUUUAAAUUAUGUUCAAAUAUGUGUACGAAUUAAUUCAAUCAUUGGGACGAGGCUUGGUUUUUCUUAUAACAAAUCCCAUAAAAGAACACAACAAACUUCCUUGCUAAGACCGUGAAACCCUUGGAGCACUGGAGUGGAGUGGUUUGAAGUUAAACGAUAUGAAAUUAAACGAUAUUCCACUAUACAACAACAAAGUCAUAACUUUUUCUGUUAUUGAUAUCUCCUCCGCCAUGUCUUCUGGGAUACUUUGCGAUCUCAAGUCUAUACAUCUUGAGUGAGAUGCCUGGAGCAGGAGCAUUUCCAGGGAUUGUGAUCGUACUACACCAGAUACCUGCUUUGAAUUGGAGCAGAGCUUCGACUGUGACUGAUGUUGUUUCACAAGUGAACUGCAGACAAGUAUGUUGAGAAACGACCUCUCUGUCUUGCUAAUCCAUCACUAAUGCGGAAAUCCCAAAACGUUCAGUUCCUUGAAUGCUGACUAGGGGCUGGCAACACGAGUGAGUCCAUUUCUUCUGAACCUGAUGUUCAGUUUUAAAGUUAAAAUCAAAGUACUUACAGCCUAGUCCAAAACAAAAAAGUUUUAAAAUAAUUAAGUAAUAUUGAACCACAAAUUUUGACAUAAUUGAAGGUGUGCUUUUUUUUCCUAUCAAGUCAAACGGUUUGCUGUAAUAACUUUAGCUACUUAAUACUUUUGGUGAACUUAACUGCUGAGCUGUGAUUUAAGACCUAAACGAGUAUAAUUAUUCUUAUUUUAAAGGUCAUAAGGCUCGUUGGGCUGUUAAUUGUACUAAUAAACCACCACGACCAGCUCUGUGCUGGCCUGGAAGGAUCCAGGGAUGCAAGUUGCGUAGCUAAUCUAUGUCACAGAGUCUUUGUCCAGUUGUUUCUAUUCAGUCAUGCUCGGCUACCUAAAACUGUCAGCUUUGAACAGAGUUGUAAUGACAUGGUUGUAAAUUGCACCACAUUGUAUUUUGACCAAAGUACGUCACAGACAAUUCAUUAAAAUCUCAGGAAAUGUCAAAAACUAUUUAAAAAAACCCUAUGACGUCUCCUUUAAAACCGCUGGCACAUAGUCUUUCUGUUGCUUUCAGGAAAAUUGAAGCAAAUACUGUAUCUGUAUAGAUGAGUGACAUAAUCAUGACAGUAAUGAGGUGACAGGUCACCAGUUGUCCCUCACCAAUUGGACAGAGAGUACUUCAUAACAUCCGUUCAUCAUGGGUAUUGGUCUUUUCAUGGGAUUUGUUCACAGUAAGAAUAUUUCAUACAUCUCCAGUCUCAUCCUUGAAAGUAGCCGAUAGUCGAUGCUCCUCAGAAAUAUUUUAACUUGUGUUAACCACACGUGAGCUUGCUGUAAAAUAAAUAGGAAUCAGAAUGUUGUAAAGUGACAAGAAAACACUGAAUAUGCUGCACUAUAUGUUUGUGUCCGACACUAAUUUUGUUUUUUAUAGAUCUGCAGUAUCCUAUAUUAGAUAAAUGGUACGUCAUGAAGUAAAUAAUCAUUUUCUUCAAUCAAACUGAAUAUAUGCUAUAUCUGUUAUAGAGCUGAAGUUUCUUGGGUUUCUUUUUUUUUUUAAAGCAUAUUUUUACCACAAAAUACCAUCUCAAAGGGACCCCUUUCAUUGCAGAAUAUGAAUCUGUUCACAAAAACUAAUGAGGUGAAGGCAGCUAUGAAACUUUCACAUUUACACUGGAAAAAGUGAAAUUUCCCAAAAAGAAAAACAAUAAUGGAAUUCAGUAAAAGUGGUAAAAAAAAUGUAAUUUUCUUAUUUUUUUUAUUUUACACUGCGUUAUUUGUUCUGUCAAAUUGUUUUCCAGUUAUUUAUUUCAUAAGGAGUUAUUUACGUCAUUUUGAACACUUUGGAUCCUCAUAGUCAUUCACGCACUGCAAUUAUGUACAUAACUGGUAUACUACUGAUUCUCUAAUACAUUCGAACCCCUGUAAAGUAUAGUUUUCUGUCAGUUACAGGCUCAAAUAAAGGUAAAUAAAUUAGAUGUCAUCAAAGCAAGUCUUUUUCCACACAAGUCUGUGUCUGACGCUGAUCCAGUACAUGAACGUGUCUAUUCACUCUCAGCUGUUUUUUUUUUUAUCUUUAUUUUUUUACCAUGCAUUUCUCCCAGGCUGUGAGUUGCUGUAAGUGCUCUUUUGGUUGUAAGAGGCGUUUGCUGCUGUGCUUUUUGUCCGAGUGUCUCAGUAAUAGCCGUGCUGUCAUGUCUAAAGUGCCCGCAAUUCUUUGAAAAUGCCGGAGGGGCUGUAAAAAAGGCUUGGCUGAAAUCUCAUCAUCUUCACAUCAGCUGCUACCCUGUCCCAACAAAGCUGUUUUUAUUGUUAUCAUAAUAAUUGUUUUGUUACAAAGCAAAACCUUUAUGCAGAUGGAACGUUUUUUUGUGUCUCUGGUGAUCCUUUAUGUCGCAGGGAAGGAAAGUGGGAGUGGUUCUUUAUCAAAUUGAUAAUUCUCCUCUCUUUGAUCUGAUGUUAUUUAUUUCCGUUUCCUUUUUUGAGGAUUUAUCUGUAAAUUCAGAAAUAUUUUUCGUCUUUUUGUGAUUGCGUGGAAACGUUGUGAUCGGUGACAGGACUGAACAAAAGGCUGGAGACAAUCAGCACUAAGGGUUCCAAAGCUUUGUAAUGACAGACUGUAAAUGUGAUGA